AUGGAAAGUAUGUCGGGAGCAUGGCUUUCGGCAUUCGAGGUGGACGUGGAUUUGGAUGAGAGGGACCCGGCAAAACCAAAAGCCAGCAAGGUGCGCGUGGUCUCCCUCAGGCCACGGUUGCCAGAAGACCUCCACAACUUUGUGGCAAAGUUGGACCUAGAAGACCAGGCAACGCUGCUUGCUUUGACCAGCUCCCCUCCAUUUUGGCAGUUGAUGCAAAGAACCCCGGAGCUCCACGCGACUGCCGGGGAGCUGCUGCUGAAGGUGGUUGAAGCCUGCAGCGGGAGUCUGCAAAGUGCCCUGCCCGGGCUGGUGGAUGACACCACGGAGCUGGUGAGCAAGCUGGAGGAUGCGACCCAGUUCUUUCCACUCCUGCGGAUCAUUGCAAAGGUCCAGCCUGCUCGUUUGGCGCGGCUGCUGCCCCGGUUUCGGAGGCUGGCGGCUAGAAGCGAUUUGUCGGCGUCCUUGGACUUGGCCCUGGACCUGCUUCAGGUGGCGUCGGUCGCGUGUGCUGGCGACGACACAGCGAACUUGAGCUGGCAGCAGCUGCCAUUGCUGCCGUCGCCCCAAGAGCUGACUGGCCGUCUGGACUGCUUGGAUACGCCAGGGCUGGCCAGCGCGCGGAAAGAAGGAGGCUACGACAGCUUGGAUGACCUGCUGGGUACAAUCUUCUCACUUGAGCGGGAGGACUGCUUCUUCCCUCUGCGCAAGGCAGUGAAAGAUCUCCGGGCAGGCAGCGUGGGCCUGCCGGUGUUCCAAGUGCGGCUGAAGGGAGUGGCGGUGGGCACAGCGCGCACGGGUGGACUGCUGGCGGUGCUUUCCCUGCAGGUUGCGGGCAAGAGCAGGAAGAAGCUUCAACUGAUGUAUGGCAGCCUGAUGUGUUUCUCGCUGGACGAGUCCUUCAAGAAGGUCCUCUUUGCCACCAUUGUAGACUCCCCAAACUCGGACCUGGUUGUGGAGUUGUGUGGCGACUCCUCCUCCGGAAUCCUCUCCAUGCAGUCUGCUGGCAGCAUGAUCGCCCUGGAGUCGCCCGUGUACUACCGGGCCCACAUGCCGGUGCUGAGAGUGCUGCAGGGCAUGGAGUCUGUCCCCUUUGAGGAAGAGCUAGUGCACUGCUCCAGGCCACAGAUGGCCAGCCCCUGGGGUGAGGAGUGGCCUUGGGUGCCAGCAACAAAGGCAGGGGCAUUGCUGCAGGUGCCAGAGAUCGAUACGCUGGAAGACUUGUUGAUCAACUGCCGAGGGGGUCAAUUGUGCCGUGGCGCCUGUGUCCUGGACGGCACACAGAUGGCGGCCGUGGAUCACGCCUUGCGGAAUCGCGUGUCGUUGAUUCAAGGACCUCCCGGAACUGGCAAGAGCUUCGUGGGCCGCACCUUGGUGGAGCUGCUGCUGGCGCUGGACAGGUCGAGAAUCCUGCUGGUGACCUACAAGAACCACAUCUUGAAUGAGAUGCUGGGCGGACUGCUGCAGCAUGGAGUUGUCCGCAUCGGGGGUGGGCAGACGGACAACGAGGCGUUGAACCUGCGGAACCUGUCUUCCAUGAUGCGGAGCAUGGAGCGCGGCGGCACUCUCACCAUGUACAAGGAUGUAGAGCAGCGUCUGCAGGAAGCGCAAGCGGCGAUGGACUCUAGCAUUCGCGAGCUGUCACAGAUCCAUCACUUCAAUGCAGAUACGCUGUGCAGAUGUGCUGGAUCGGAUCAACUUGGAGCCUUUCUGGAUGGAUACCCGUGGUCGGACGCGGAGAAGAAGAGGCUUCGAGGUGUGCAGCACCUGACAAAUACCAUGGCUGAGGCUUUGGAGGUGGAGGCUGCAGACGAGGAUGUGGCGGAGUCGCUGAAGGUGUUUAGGGAGCUGGCGCAGAAAGUCAUCGACGAGUGGUUUCCCAGUGAGGAUUUCAAAAAGCUGCGGGCCGCAGUGCCCGAGUUGGUGCCCGAGUUGGUGCCCGAGUUGGUCACAGCUGAGCUGGCUGCAUCGGGUAGUGCAGGUGUUCGGAAUGAGGAUGAGGAAAAGGAGGAGGAGGAAACGGAGAGGCGGCAAUGUGAUGGCGUCAAGGCGGACAAGGAGCUUCUCAAUCGAAUGGUGCGCUUUGAUGCCGAAAGUACCUCUGGCCGAUUCGGGGGCGAGCAGCUGCUCGCUUGGCUGCCGCUGGCGGAAGCGUUGCUCCUGCGGACUUCCAACCCAUGGGAGCUGGAGGGAGGCGCUCGUGCGCGCCUGGUGUGCGCCCUGCUGCGGGAGCAGCGGUCGCAGGUGUGCGAGCGCUUCGAGGCGUGCCAGCAGCACUUCAACGCCUUGCUGAAGGAGAAGGCACGCCUGGACGAGGUCUGCAAGCUUGAGUUCUUAAAGCAAAACUCCAUCGUGGGCAUGACUUUGGAUGGGCACGGGAUUCAGAGCGAUCUCAUUGAGACAUGGGGCCCCGAGGUAGUUAUGGUGGAGGAGAGCGCGGAGUGCCCCAUCCCAAAGAUCCUGGCGUGCUUCCGGAAGAGUGUGAAGCAUGUCAUUCAGAUUGGCGACCCUGCCCAGCUGCCACCGCAGGUGAAUUCCCAUCACCUGGUCCGGCACAACUUCGCGGUGUCAAUGAUGCAGUGGUUGAUGACCGGCCUGCCUUUUGCCACCUUGGGCUGCCAGGGCCGCAUGCUGCCAUGUGUCCGUCAGCUUUUGGGGGACAUUUACCCGGAGCUGAGAGGCAACCUAGCGGUGGUCAACAAGCUCAGCGAAGUGGAUUGCGUGCAGAAGACGGUCUUCUGGUGGAGCCACGAGCAUCCGCAGGAGAGUGAGGGCACAAGCUACACCAACAAAGGCGAGGCGCAGAUGGCAGCGCAGUUGGUGCGCUACUUUUUGUCCCAGGGCACAGAUGCUUCACAGGUCACGGUGCUCGCCUCCUACAUUGCCCAGGUGCGGGUCCUGCGGCGGCUUUUGCAGCAAAGCUCGGAUUUCGACAGCGACAAGGUCCAGGUGUCGACCAUUGACAAGUUCCAAGGGAGCGAAAACGACUUUGUGGUGGUGUCCUUAGUGCGGACAGGGGAGCUCAGAGGGUUUUUGGCGAACGAGCAGGGCAAGCAGCGCCGCUGCGUGGCGCAGUCCCGGGCCCGGCGGGGCCUGUACUUUGUCGGAGAUUGCCGAUCCUUCCAGAAUGCCAAAGCUUGGUCUCCGCUGGUGGAAGAAAUGAAGCAACGCGACGAGGUGUCGAGCAGCCUGCCGCUGAUUUGCCCUCGCCAUCGCAGUUGCACGCUCCGCGCCAGCGCUGCAGAGGAAGUCCCUGUGAAGGGCUCGGUGUGUGGGCGUUUCUGCCAGAAGGCCAUGCGGUGCGGCGUGCCGAACCACAUGUGCCCCCGACCUUGUCAUGGAGGCGAUGAUCCACAUGCAGCAGAGAAGUGCAGGUAUGAGGUGAAGUACAUGUGUGCUGCCGGGAUCCAUGAGUUGUGCCGCCGUUGCUGUGAAGAAGAGGUUGCUUGCAAGAAACAGGUGCCCUUCACCUGCGAAAACGGUCACGAGUUGAUGCGCCUUUGCAGCCAGCCCGUCGAGGAUGUGAAGUGCUACUGUCCUUGUGAGUGUCCGUGCGAGCAAGGGCACCUCCUCAGUGUGCCUUGCUGGCAGCUUGAAGACAGGGACAGCUGGCCGAGCUGCUCAAUCCCGUGCGCGCGGGAGCUGCCCUGUGGACAUCUCUGUCCAAACAAGUGCGGCGAGAAGUGCCUCGACGCGAGCCGCUGCAAGCCCUGCCAGCAGCGGCGUCGCGAGGAGCAGCGCCGGGCGCAGGAGGCGGCCGAGGAGCAGUACCGGUUGGAAAAGGUGCGGCUGCGGCAGGAAUUGGAGGAGUUGGUCAGUCGUGACAUCCAAGACGCGUUCCGGACUGAGCUGCUUCCCUCCGGCGAAGCUGCUGCGGAGUAUUAUGAGGUCUACGACAAAGCAGGGCGCAGGAAGGAUUUCCUGGAAUCGGCUGUAGAGCUCCACGACCCCACCAACAAUCAGCUGAAGUUCCAUGGCACGAGCUGGGAGGCUGCGGAGGGCAUCAUGCGGGAUGGCUUCCGGUUGCCAGAUCACUUCAAGGGGAUGUACGGGCAAGGCAUCUACCUUGCCUCUGACUCCUCGAAAUCUGCGCAAGACAUCUACACCAAGGGCAGCAACAUGCUUCUUCUGUGCGAGGUGGCGCUCGGCAAGUGCUGGACAGUUGAGAAGGGUGGUGGCGAGAUGAAGCAGUUGAACUGGCAGAAGAUCAAGCGCAAGGGCUACGACUCGGUGUUUGCGCCCCGGGGCACGCGAGGAACCGGGGGAGUGGAGAACGACGAGUACAUUGUGUACGACCCCCGGCAGGUGCUCGUCAAGUACGUGAUCCACUACGAGUCCGUCUCAGUGGAGGUGCCUUUGGCGCGAACCUCUGUGAAUGAUAGGCUCACCGUCAAAGAGUUGAGGCCCUCUCGCAACUUUGACCCGUCCAACGAGCUGGACAUGCACUUCAGAGUUGUCGAAUCCCAUUUGCAUCGGCAGGGGCAUCGUGGCCACCUGCAAAAAGUUGAGUAUGUGAACAACCCAGAGCUUAUACGAAGGUUUGAGCAGCAAAAGGAGAAGUUCAAGCGCGAGAGGGUGCCAGAUGACAUCAUCCUGGCAUUUCAUGCGACGCGAAUCCGAGAAAACAUUGAGAAUAUUAUCCGUCAAAACUUCCAGAGGAGCCACAUUGGGUCGCAGACAGACUCCGGCUAUUGGGGUCGAGGAUUUUACUUCUCGGAAUUUCCCGCAGUUUCUUCUGGUUAUGGCAGCAACCUUCUCCUGUGCCGCAUCCUCAUCGGAAAAGCUUUCGACGUGCAGCAGCGCAUGGACGGCCAGCCGCUGAAGAUCGGGUACAACAGCCACCGGCUUCAGCCGAACGACCAGGGCUACGGCCAGGAGCUUGUGAUUGACAAUCCCGACCAGAUUCUCCCGUGCUACAUCCUUCAUGUCGUCUAG